AUGUCUGUGUCCAUGAUGCCGCUGAAGGCUUUCCACCCGGGCGCACUGAAGAGCAGCCCGGCCCGCGGGCUGUACCCGGGCCCCAUGCCCCCUCACGCCUUCAUGGAUUUCUUCCCUCGGCCUCACAACCUGCUGCAUCCUCUCAAGUCGCUCGGCCGCCUUGUCUCAGACGCGUCUUUCCACUUUAGUGCGCAGGCUGUGAACGGGAGCGCGCCUUUCACACACGCACCCCUGCUGCACGAGCACAUGCUGAGCCCCUACGUGAGCCACAUGGUCCAGGGACACGCACUCUAUCCCAAACCCGAGGAGAUGGCCGCGGUGGUGACCGAACACGCUGCUGGACCUCUGUCCUCCCCAGAGUUCAAACACAGUCCGUCCAGCAGGUCCUCCUCCACGGCGUCCUGUGCCGCGGCCUCCCCGCUCAAAGAGCGAAGGAGCGCGGACAGGAGCUCAGAAAAAAGAACCUAUAACUUCAGUCAGGACGAUCUGUUCACGGUGCUGUACGGCUACUCUACCAGCAAGGACUGCGGCGUGGGACACGCCAUCUCAGGGGUGUCUCUGAUGGACAGCUCGGUGCCUGAAGUUCUUCCUUUGGACAAAGAUUCACUGGAUCUGCCAGAAGGGCUCUCCAUUCUACAAGUGUCCUGGACGAGCGUGACGCACUGUGGAGUGUUCGCGGAUAAAAACGUCCCCAAAGGCGCGCGCUUCGGCCCUUUCCAGGGGAAAGUGGUCAACACCAGCGAGAUCAAAACCUACGACGACAACACUUUGAUGUGGGAGGUGUUCGAGAACGGCCGCCUCAGUCACUUCGUGGACGGACGCGGCGGUUGUGGGAACUGGAUGUCUUUGGUAAAGUGCGCGCGCUUCCCGGAGGAGCAGAACCUCACGGCGGUGCAGGUCCAGGGCCAGAUCUUCUACGAAGCCUGUAAGGAGAUCCGAGCCGGCCAGGAGCUGCUGGUCUGGUACGGGGACUGUUACAUGCAGUUUCUGGGCAUCCCUCUCACACUGAAAGACAGCAGAGACGACCACUCCUCUAUUCUUCCCGCUGAAGAUACUGGCGAGGGCUUCAAAUGUGACCGGUGUGGAAAAGUAUUCGCCUAUAAGUAUUACAGAGACAAGCACCUGAAGUACACCCGCUGCGUGGAUCAGGGAGACAGAAAGUUCCCCUGUCAUCUCUGCAACAGAUCCUUCGAGAAGAGGGACCGGCUCCGAAUCCACAUCCUCCACGUUCACGAGAAACACAGGCCGCACAAGUGCUCUGUUUGUGGAAAGAGUUUUUCCCAGUCCUCAAGUCUCAACAAACACAUGCGCGUGCACUCCGGAGAAAGGCCCUAUAAAUGCGUCUACUGUAAUAAGGCCUUCACCGCCUCCAGCAUCCUGCGCACGCACAUCCGCCAGCACUCGGGAGAGCGGCCGUUCAAGUGUAAGCACUGCGGGAAGGCCUUCGCUUCUCACGCCGCUCACGACAGCCACGUGCGCCGCACCCACGCCCGGGAGAAGGCCUUUCCCUGCGACACCUGCGGGGCCUCCUUCCAGGACCAGCCCGAGCUCCAGUUACACAUGCAGGGCCACAAAAAAAGACAGCUUUUGGAGCAGACAGUGAUUCUUCCGCCAUCACCGCAGGAAACUUCAAACUUGCAGAAAAGCAGCAGCCCUAACUUCAGCUACACAGGACUUGCCGUUAUCAGCCCAGAAUACCGGCCUUGGAACUGA